UCAUUCAUAUAAUGCGCUGGAGCUAGUGGCGCAAUCUGGCGCCACUUUGCCUGACAUCAGUCGGACGUAGCACGUGCUUCCGCUUCCAUUCAUCGUCACAGUGACAAUCGGUCGGCAGAUUUAUUUUGGUUCUCGCUUUUUCGCACCGCAGUUUCAAUUUGCGUGCCCACAUUAUAACAUGUUUCGGCCGUGUUGCUAUCACUAGUAUAUCGCCCAUUUCAGUUGUGCUCCACUUUAUUGCACUGCUCGCUGUUAUCAUUCGGAAGAGACCUGAGCACAGGGCAAUUUCUUGCAAGUGGCUUCGAGUGGGCCAUUUGCUGUGUGUUUCCUUUGUGGGUUAGUGGCAAAUAGACUACCAAAAAUCCAUCUUGUCUCAAUCAAUGCGAGAGUGUGUUCGCAAAAUGUUUCUUCCGGCUGAUUUACUUUGACAGUGGCUUUAAAAAAAUAUGUGUACUCUGCAUAAAUGAACUAUUUAUAGCAUCAAGUUAUCCAACCGUGAAAAUUAUUUAUUUUUGUGACCGAUCACAGGAGAUAUAUACUUUAUAUCUGUCGAGUGUGAACAUAUUAAUUUUUCAUUUUUCCUCCCGUAUCAGCCAAAAAGACAAUGACACUCCAGUCGAUUCGGUAUAAUAAGGGGACUUUGGAAAUCCUGGAUCAGCUGCUGCUGCCCGUGCAGUCCAAGUACAUUGCCGUGAAAGGAGUGGAGGAUGGCUGGAGGGUGAUCAACAAAAUGCAGGUUCGUGGGGCUCCUGCAAUUGCCAUUGUGGGGUGCCUGUCCUUGGCUGUGGAAAUCUAUCCAGAGGAAUAUGAGAGCAAGAAGACGCUGCGCCAAGAGAUUGAGGGCAGGCUGAACUAUUUAGUGUCCAGUCGACCGACGGCUGUGAAUAUGAAGGGCGCCGCCGAAGAGAUGAUCACCCUGGCUAAUGAUUUGGCCAAGGAUGAUUCAGUGUCUGUGUCAGACAUGAAACAGAGGUUUUUGGCGGCCACAGAAGCGAUGCUUCAGAAAGAUAUUUCAGAUAACAUGGCGAUUGGCACUCACGGUGCAGCUGCAAUUUUAUCUAAUGUCUCUGGCGAUGGACCAAUCAGUGUCUUAACGCACUGCAAUACGGGGUCAUUAGCGACAGCCGGGUACGGAACGGCGCUGGGCGUUGUGAGAAAAUUGCACGAACUGAAGCGAUUAGAGCACGUUUACUGCACGGAAACGCGUCCGUACAACCAAGGCGCCCGACUCACGGCCUUCGAGUUGGUACACGACAAGCUUCCGGCAACGCUUGUCCUGGACAGCAUGGUGGCUGCUCUGUUUCGCUGUCGCAACAUUGGGGCUGUUGUGGUGGGCGCCGACCGGGUGGCCGCAAACGGUGACACGGCCAACAAGAUUGGCACGUACCAGAUCGCCGUGGUGGCGAAGCAUCACGGCGUGCCUUUCUACGUCGCCGCUCCGCUCACGUCUAUCGACCUGAAGAUCUCGUGCGGCGACCACAUAAUCAUUGAGGAGCGGCCAGAUCGCGAGAUGACGCACGUCGGGGAGCACCGGAUCGCCGCGCCCGGCAUCACAUGCUGGAAUCCAGCCUUCGAUGUCACCCCAGCCGCUCUCAUCUCUGGCAUCAUCACAGAGAAGGGCGUUUUCUCACCGGGAGAGCUUCAGGAGCAAGUGCUGCUGCACUCGCAGCCCACCAGUGAUUCCUAACUCGCCGCACAAUCCGUACCCCCGAUGAAAGUGCCCCCAAAAUCUCUGUCAGCCACAGAGAGAUCCGUGUCAUGUCACGUUAACGGUCUUUUCUUCCAUAAUGUAUGAAAUAAUUCACUUUUUUGUAAAACACGCGAAAUAUUAAAUAAUUGACGGCGUCGGGCACAACGGUUUGAUCGGUCUCAGCCAUCGCGAAAAGCUUCAGAAAGUCACACGGUGUACAAGUUCACUCAAGCGCGAUUGAAUACUGACUGGUGAUUCAUUGGGUCUCUAACGAAUGUGUGUAGAUCAAUUCAAUGUCACACUUUUGCAGAAUUCCAGUGCCUGAUAGUGAACAUUAACUGCGAGAGCUUUUUUUUCCAGCUGAUGCCUGAGAUAAUUUGUUCACACUCGUGCUAAGCCAAUGACUGUGUUGUGUGUUUUCAAUUACAUAUUUCAAUUUACUCACAAAACAGAAUAUUGCGCUGACCAUGAAAAUCACUCAUUCUAUUCUGGCAAGAUUUCUUGUAUAUGGCAGAUUUUUUGCCAAACAUCAUAUCUAAUAUAUUCAAACAUGGAUUUGUAUUUUCUACAGGUGUUUUGAAAUACCGUAGAGACUCAUCUCUGGACAUGUAAGACGAAAUUGUUAGCGUCU